CGCCCGUCUUUGUAAGGAGACCACUGAGACGAGCAGGAAGGAGCGUGGAGCAGCAGCUUCCCUGCUGCCCUGACUUUUUAAGAAAUCUGAAUGAACUAUUUGUAGACAAUCACUGAUCCUGCCUGCAAGAUUUUUUUUCUUUGCACGGCAAAGACACUGAUCAGUGUUAAGUGAAGAUCACAUCUUAUAUGCGAUCUUGACUUUUUUUUCGUCUUACAUUAUAUUUUUAUAGAUUUUGUUAUAAUCAUGGUGCUGGGAAAGGUGAAGAGUUUGACAAUAAGCUUUGACUGUCUUAAUGACAGCAAUGUCCCCGUGUAUUCUAGCGGGGACACUGUCUCAGGAAGGGUGAAUUUAGAAGUUACUGGGGAAAUCAGAGUAAAAUCUCUUAAAAUUCAUGCAAGAGGACAUGCGAAAGUACGCUGGACUGAAUCUAGAAACGCCGGCUCCAAUACUGCCUAUACCCAGAAUUACACUGAAGAAGUAGAGUAUUUCAACCAUAAAGACAUCCUAAUUGGGCACGAAAGAGAUGAUGAUAAUUCCGAAGAAGGCUUCAACACUAUUCAUUCAGGAAGGCAUGAAUAUGCAUUUAGCUUUGAGCUUCCACAGACACCACUUGCUACCUCAUUCGAAGGCCGACACGGUAGUGUGCGCUAUUGGGUGAAAGCUGAAUUGCAUAGGCCUUGGCUUCUACCAGUAAAGUUAAAGAAGGAAUUCACAGUCUUUGAGCACAUAGAUAUCAACACUCCUUCAUUACUGUCACCCCAAGCAGGCACAAAAGACAAGACACUCUGUUGCUGGUUCUGCGCCUCGGGCCCAAUAUCCUUAAGUGCCAAAAUCGAGAGGAAGGGCUACACCCCAGGUGAAUCAAUACAGAUAUUUGCUGAGAUUGAGAACUGCUCUUCCCGAAUGGUAGUGCCAAAGGCAGCCAUUUACCAAACACAGGCCUUCUAUGCCAAAGGGAAAAUGAAGGAAGUCAAACAGCUUGUGGCAAACUUACGUGGCGAGUCCCUGUCAUCUGGGAAGACAGACACAUGGAACGGCAAGCUGCUAAAAAUUCCACCAGUUUCCCCCUCCAUCCUUGACUGUAGUAUAAUCCGUGUGGAAUAUUCACUAAUGGUAUAUGUGGAUAUUCCUGGAGCUAUGGACUUGUUUCUUAACUUGCCACUCGUCAUCGGCACCAUUCCCCUCCAUCCAUUCGGUAGCAGAACGUCAAGUGUGAGCAGUCAGUGUAGCAUGAACAUGAACUGGCUGGGUCUGUCCCUCCCUGAAAGACCUGAAGCACCACCCAGCUAUGCAGAAGUAGUAACUGAGGAACAAAGACGAAAUAAUCUCGCCCCAGGGAAUGCUUGCGAUGGUUUUGAGAGAGCUCUUCAGGGACCACUGUUUGCAUAUAUCCAGGAGUUCCGGUUCUUGCCUCCGCCUCUCUAUUCAGAGAUUGAUCCAAACCCUGAUCAGUCAUCUGAGGACAGACCCUCCUGCCCCUCUCGUUGAAGGAACACUUGAUUGAAUCAAGUUGAUAUGGGUUCCGAACUGUGUCUCUUCCGGCUGAGGACCGAGAAGUAUCUUGGAGACACGCUUUUCAGAGGAAGUGGAAUUGCUGUUGCCCAGAAACAAGCAAAUACACGAAACAACCAGUGAUCAUGCUUUAGAAUCCUACAGCAGCUUUCUGGGGCUGCUCCAAUAUGCUUGAAGAUCGAAGCUUUCUCCUUUAACACUGCACAUGCUAAGAGCAGUCUUCUUAGCCUGUGUCAUACGUGUCAAGACACCAUUGCAGAGGAGGACGUGGUCCUUCUGAUUUGAAAAUUUGCACAUGCUCAAUGCUUACAUUGUGCAGCUCAGUGUCACUACAGCUUUUUUUUUUCCAUUUAUCCCAGACUCUUGAUACUCUUAAAACUUGUUUGUGGUCAGCACGACAAGGAACAAAAAGAAAGCUUUGAAAAACUUUUACAUGAAAAAAAAAACGCACUGACAGUUUGUGGUGUUUUUGUUUUUUGUUUGUCUAAGUUAAUGUAGCCUGGACUCCACCUGCGUGUGCACAUGCUCAGAGUUGUCCUACUAGGCUGACCAUGUAUCACCUCUUCAGCUUGGAUCCUAUUGUGGAUUUAUUUACAAACAUCAAAUGCCUUCAAGCCAAUCGUUUUGCUGUACGUUUUGCAGCCUGCUGUAGUAGGAUGUACAACACAUCUAUAGGGAGCGCCGAGAGGAGGUUGCUAAUGAGAGACUGCAGGAUCGUGGACCUUGGUUUCUGUGAGACUGUUGCCCUCUACUAUUGACAGCAAAGCAGCAUUUUGUUACUGACUGCCUAAAAUCACUUAAUCUCAGGUGAAUGCAUCACUUGCCAAACUGUCGGAAUGCUAUUUGUGUUUGUUGCACUGUUAUUUUGUCGUUGUUGUUGAUGAUGAUGAUGACGUUGAUGAUGUUUGGUUGGCUUUUUGGAGAGGGAGAUUCGGAAACGGGACAUACACAAAACUGAUAACCCAUCCCCUUUUGAUCAUUACAUGUAAGAAGGAACUAGAGCUCAGAGCGCAGUGAAGAAAGACAGUGGGCCAGGCACCAGCAGAGUUAAGGGCUGUUGCUCAUGAAAGUUAUUUUUAUUCUUUUGCAAGUAAAUGGAAGCUGUGCAGUCACUUAGGGAAGGGGGAAAGUGCAUUUAUUUUUAUAUAGUUACUUAAUUACCUCCAAAACACAUAUGUUUGGAAAUCAUUGUUGCUGAUGCAAAGUACUUUAAUAAGCCAGAGUAUGUAUGUCACUUAGGACUGGGGAAGCUUGAUUUAUACAUUUGGUCAAGUGUAAGAAUAAAAUCCCAAAUUUGUUCCCAACGUGUGUAACUUCAUAAUUAUAAAUAAUAGACUGUUCACAGGGAUAGCUUUAGUUUGUCCGUGUGUGUGUGUGUGUGUUAUUUUUUAUCUGAAAAGGUCUCUCUCUUCGAGUGUGUAUAGACAGAACACAUCACUAAAUUAUUUUUGAAAAUAAUCUGUGGUUGGAUCAUAAAAAUACCAGCAUUCAUAGAAAAGUAAAACCCCACCCUCCCAAGUACUCAGUGAGUGGUUUUUUUUAGGAGUUUAUUUGUUUUUAGUGACACCAGCAUCUCUGAUACUGCAACAUAUGUGUGAAAUGGGUGUUAAAUCUGUCUACCUUGCCAUCUAACCCACAGUUAAUAAAGUGACUGAAAAUAGUGGUAACUCUGGCUUGGUGCUUGACCUGGUUAAAUACUGUCUUAAAGCUUCAUACAAAAUAGGCUUUUCCAUAAGUGGCCUUUAAGAAAACAUGGAAGACAAUUCAUGUUUGAAAUAAUGCUGACAGGGUGAAGAGAGCCCACUGGAAAAAUGAAUCGCGUUUUAAGUGAUUCGGUUAAAGGGUUUGUGCUCCCGUAGCAAACUAAUACUAGAUAAUGAGGAAAUGGGGUGAAUUAUUUUUCUAUUGUUAAAUCAUUUUGUGAAUGUCCCCCUCGGAAGAGGCUGAUGGAAUAUCUGGCAUAAAGGGCAUUUGGUGGUUUUGUUUUCAUUUGGGAGGGAUUGUCUGCAAACACCUCACUCUUCCUGUUACGUCUAACUAGGGAACAAUUGAUGUGCAUGGCGUCAGACACUCACAACCAUAUUCUUUUACAAAAUACUACAUAAGCAAGAAUGACCAAUAUGAAGAUUGGCACUGGGUGACAAAAUGCUUGUAAGACUUGGGUGGAAUAAAGUUUAUUUUUACCAUUAAAUAUUUCUUUACUGAUUUAGAGGCAUUACAUUUUUCUAAAUAUUGGUCAAUUCCUGAUAUAACGUGAGGGUCACAGUUGCGCCCUAGUAUUCAAGAUAGCUUCCUAAUUUUUCAUUUAGGAAAAGUAAAAUCCAAAAUGUUCGCGAAACAAAGUGCAAUAUUAAAUGUUUGCUUUAUAGAUUAUACUCUAUGGCUGUUCGUAAUCUCUCUUUUUUAUUUGGUGCUGAAUAUGUCCUUGUAGGCUCUGUUUUAAGAAAACUAUGUGGAAAAUGAUUUAAUUUUUCCUAUUGCUCUUCCUUGUGGAAAAUAAAAGUGUUUUUUUUUUCUUUUUUUGUA